AUGCGCCCAAAAGGUCUGACUCAAGCUGAGAUUGAAAGAUUUGCCAACUUUGAUUGGGAUGAUUCGGCUGACGAUGAAAUUGAUGAAGAAGAAGAUCAAAAUAUGGAGGAAAUUAUAGAGAAAACAUUGAAAUAUUUAGAUAACAGAGCUGAAAAUGUGGAAGUUGGUUUGAUUGACCAAAUUAUUGGAAGCAAAGAUGUUGAAGAUUUGAAUGAAAAUGAAAUCGUUGCACAGGAGUAUAGACUUUCUAAUAUGCGCCCAAAAGGUCUGACUCAAGCUGAGAUUGAAAGAUUUGCCAACUUUGAUUGGGAUGAUUCGGCUGACGAUGAAAUUGAUGAAGAAGAAGAUCAAAAUAUGGAGGAAAUUAUAGAGAAAACAUUGAAAUAUUUAGAUAACAGAGCUGAAAAUGUGGAAGUUGGUUUGAUUGACCAAAUUAUUGGAAGCAAAGAUGUUGAAGAUUUGAAUGAAAAUGAAAUCGUUGCACAGGAGUAUAGACUUUCUAAGAUGCGCCCAAAAGGUCUGACUCAAGCUGAGAUUGAAAGAUUUGCCAACUUUGAUUGGGAUGAUUCGGCUGACGAUGAAAUUGAUGAAGAAGAAGAUCAAAAUAUGGAGGAAAUUAUAGAGAAAACAUUGAAAUAUUUAGAUAACAGAGCUGAAAAUGUGGAAGUUGGUUUGAUUGACCAAAUUAUUGGAAGCAAAGAUGUUGAAGAUUUGAAUGAAAAUGAAAUCGUUGCACAGGAGUAUAGACUUUCUAAGAUGCGCCCAAAAGGUCUGACUCAAGCUGAGAUUGAAAGAUUUGCCAACUUUGAUUGGGAUGAUUCGGCUGACGAUGAAAUUGAUGAAGAAGAAGAUCAAAAUAUGGAGGAAAUUAUAGAGAAAACAUUGAAAUAUUUAGAUAACAGAGCUGAAAAUGUGGAAGUUGGUUUGAUUGACCAAAUUAUUGGAAGCAAAGAUGUUGAAGAUUUGAAUGAAAAUGAAAUCGUUGCACAGGAGUAUAGACUUUCUAAGAUGCGCCCAAAAGGUCUGACUCAAGCUGAGAUUGAAAGAUUUGCCAAAUUUGAUUGGGAUGAUUCGGCUGACGAUGAAAUUGAUGAAGAAGAAGAUCAAAAUAUGGAGGAAAUUAUAGAGAAAACAUUGAAAUAUUUAGAUAACAGAGCUGAAAAUGUGGAAGUUGGUUUGAUUGACCAAAUUAUUGGAAGCAAAGAUGUUGAAGAUUUGAAUGAAAAUGAAAUCGUUGCACAGGAGUAUAGACUUUCUAAGAUGCGCCCAAAAGGUCUGACUCAAGCUGAGAUUGAAAGAUUUGCCAAAUUUGAUUGGGAUGAUUCGGCUGACGAUGAAAUUGAUGAAGAAGAAGAUCAAAAUAUGGAGGAAAUUAUAGAGAAAACAUUGAAAUAUUUAGAUAACAGAGCUGAAAAUGUGGAAGUUGGUUUGACUGACCAAAUUAUUGGAAGCAAAGAUGUUGAAGAUUUGAAUGAAAAUGAAAUCGUUGCACAGGAGUAUAGACUUUCUAAGAUGCGCCCAAAAGGUCUGACUCAAGCUGAGAUUGAAAGAUUUGCCAAAUUUGAUUGGGAUGAUUCGGCUGACGAUGAAAUUGAUGAAGAAGAAGAUCAAAAUAUGGAGGAAAUUAUAGAGAAAACAUUGAAAUAUUUAGAUAACAGAGCUGAAAAUGUGGAAGUUGGUUUGAUUGACCAAAUUAUUGGAAGCAAAGAUGUUGAAGAUUUGAAUGAAAAUGAAAUCGUUGCACAGGAGUAUAGACUUUCUAAGAUGCGCCCAAAAGGUCUGACUCAAGCUGAGAUUGAAAGAUUUGCCAAAUUUGAUUGGGAUGAUUCGGCUGACGAUGAAAUUGAUGAAGAAGAAGAUCAAAAUAUGGAGGAAAUUAUAGAGAAAACAUUGAAAUAUUUAGAUAACAGAGCUGAAAAUGUGGAAGUUGGUUUGAUUGACCAAAUUAUUGGAAGCAAAGAUGUUGAAGAUUUGAAUGAAAAUGAAAUCGUUGCACAGGAGCAUCACCAGCUCCAUCAUCACCAGCUGCUUCUACAGGAUGUGAAUCAAAUCCCUAUAAAAGAGCUUAUAUUGAAGACCCACCAAAAUCACUACGACUUGGCGGUUAUAAUCAUUGGCCGGAAUGAGGAACAAGAGGCAGAUGUAGAGUAUGCACGGGUUUCCAAGCUGUAA